GGUUAAAUAGUACUUUCACUACUCCUUUAGGUUGGUUUUGCAUUUGACUGAAAGUGGGGUAUACUUUUACAUUUGACUUGAAUAUUUGGGUUGGUUUUAGCAAAUGUCCCGUAAAAAUACAGAAAUUUGGCGAUUUAUCCUUCUAAACUAAAAGGCCAUUAUUCACAUAUAACCCAUGAGCUAAGGUAUUGAUUAUUUAUCUUCACGCACAAGAUAAGCGGACAACUUUACGUUACCGAGAUAUCCACAAGAAACCCUAGAAAGUUCUCCCUAAUGUCUUCCAAAUCCAGAUCUUCAGCAGCCACGAGCCGCAAAGAUCUACCGCAUGAUAAAAAGAUGCCGGAGACAGAACCUAUGUCGAUAUCUUUCUCGUCACUUCCUGACGAUUUGCUCAUAAACUGCUUAGCCCGAGUCUCUAGACUGUACUAUCCAGCUCUCUCCUGUGUCUCCAAAAAUUUCCGAUCCAUCAUUGCCUCACCGGAGAUUUACCAAACCCGGGCGAGCCUAAACCGUACCGAGAAGUGUGUCUAUCUUUACCUAAGCUUCUGUCGUGAUCCUGAAACAUAUUGGUUCACUAUGAGACGUCGACCUAGUCGAAACAUAGCUAACGAGUCAAGUGGCUAUUAUAUGGAGAUGGCCCCAUCUCCAAAAUAUUUGCAUCCUGCGCAGUCUUCGACACUCGUAGCGGUUGGAUCUGAUGUCUACAAGAUAGGUGGCGGUGAUCAUUCCACAUGCAAACUCUCGAAGCGGAAGUGUUCUUAUAGUUUCUCUGUCCUUGAUUGUCGUACUCACAUGUGGCGCCAGGCUCCUAGCAUGUGGGUGGAGCGGGACUCAUCCUCCACAGCGACAUUUUUUGAUGGGAAGAUAUAUGUAGCCGGAGGUUGUGAUAAAAGGUACGUCGGUUACCCCGACCGGGUCGAAGCGUUUGAUUUAGAGAAACAAACUUGGGGCUUUGUGACUAACCCACGUGUUUUCGAUUGGUACCAUAAGUAUAAGGCAGCAAGAGAGUGUCACUGUGUGAUAGACGAUGUAUUGUUCUUUUGGGAAUCAGGAGCGUUCAAAUGGUAUGACUCUAAAACACGUCUAUGUAAGGAAGUGAGUGAUGUUAAAGGAUUGCCUGAUCUUCACGACCCUAAAUUCUGUAAAAUGGCAAUGGUAGAUCUUGGUGGAAAGAUGGGGCUUUUGUGGAAUACUAAGACCAGUCAGGAAUGUAAGAUCUGGUGUGCUGAGAUUACGUUUGAAAGGCGGCAUGGAGAUGAGAUGUGGGGGAAGGUUGAGUGGUUUGAUUAUGUGCUUAGUACGCACGAGUCUUGUUCCUCGUUCUAUGCUGUUUCUGCUUCUGUUUGAUGUAUUUUACUUUUCAUGAUAACAUGCUUGAACGAUUAUUUUUUUCUUGAAUUGAAUGUUAAAUUUAAUUCAAAAAGAAAAAACCUUGUUACAACUAUGUGUGUCCUUUCUUCUAAGGUUUCUAUACAAGUUUUAUAAAAUCAAUAAGAAAAUCAUGCUUCAGCUUAUCGACCUCCUCAUCUCUUCCCAUCCUUCUCAAACUCUACCUAGCUCUCACUCCUACUAGGCAGCCAGCUCUCACUCCUACUGGAUUUACCAGCACUCACUCCUACUGGAUUUCCAGCUCUCACUCCUACUGGUUCUUCCCAAACAAAUUUUUAGCCUUCAAAAGUUUAUCCCUUUCUCAAAACUGCAGCUCAAGUCCCCUUCACAUGAAGUAUUAUCUUGUUGAAAACCAAUAUUGUAACCCUCCUGCCAGCCUCUUAUCCCCCUUCUUUUGAAUGAUUGAGAAUUUAUUUCUCAUGGUCUUGUCGAUCAGCUUUGCAAUUAGAGCAUAUGGAGAAGCAGCCUCCCCGUGUCUUCUUCGGUUUCUCUCUCUCCAAAUGCUAUGAACUGCAGUCUGAAAUACAUAUCUGAUAGUAAAGAGGAGCAUUUUAUCUUGAUCUUCAUCGACAAUUAUCCUCCUAAUAUCAGACCAGCUCGAAGUAAACCGAUCCCUUAGCACACCUCUCGCUAGUUUCUCCCAUAUCUGCUUUGAGUAUGAGCACUCAAAAAAUAGGUGAUCAACUGUUUCCACCGGUACUUGGCAGAAGAUACAAGAAGUGUCAACACUUGCGGACCAUUGUGCCAUUCUACUUCCUGUUGACAGUCGGUCCCUCAAAGCGACCCAGACCACAAAAGAGUACUUCGGUGUUGCGUGUUUGAACCACACAGCUUUAUGCCAAUCAUAUCGUGGGGUACUUUCGUUUUGCUUUGAAUACUUGCUUUUUUUUUGUGUGUGUGGGUUCUCCUUUCUCUUUUUAUUAUGACUAUGAUGAAUGGUUGCUUUUUUUUUUAGCUCAAUGCAAUUGACAAUUUUUCACUUCUAUCUCACAUUAUAAAUCUGAUAUAUGCGGUGAGAAAGGCAAGAACUGAUGCUGUUGCUUUCAUUAUCUUUUUCAGUUUUGACUCUAAUAUUUUCUGGUUAUCAAGCCAUCAUAGAACCAGUCCAACAUUUCUCUUUUUCUUUUAUAUAUGUUUUUGGAGAAAAUCUACUGGAUUAAGAAAGUGCUAAGAACCUGUUAUGUCACUGAAUAAAACACGCUGAAUAGUUGAAUAAAUAGUCUUCUUUGCAUCUUUUACGAACUAGUAUCAUGAACUUCAAUAGAUGAGAGAAAAAAUUGGGAGUAAAACAAAAAUAAUGCAUGGGCUUCUAGUUCAUAAAAUAAAAAGCCCAUCGCUGAUAUUGACAUAAUAUAAACGUG